AUGGAUCGGAGACGAAGCGCGGCAGCUAAUGGAGCUGGUGCAACCGCAUCCAUCAACAACAGCGAGUGCUGGGAUUCCAUGUCGUAUCUCGAGAGCGCCUUCCACCAUGGCUUCAUGCGGCUGCGCCUCAAAACAGGCGACUUCGUGUACCACGAAGACCCGCGACUCACUCGAGAGCUUGACGAAUUCUGUGACGUUGACGGGAUGCAUACCCCCAAGGGUCCUGUGAUUCUGCUGGGCGAGAGUGGAAUGGGCAAAAGUGCCUUCCUCGCGAAUUGGGUCGUGCGGCGGAAGAAAAUGUUCCAGAACUGGCAGUCCUCGUACCCCGAGUUCAUCUUUGCGCACGUCGUAGGGUGUUCACGACAGUCCUGCUCUGUAUCAAAUCUGCUCGAGCGCAUUCUGCGAGAGAUCAAGGAGUACUUUGAACUCACCAAAGAGAUCCCUGACGUGGAAGAAAGACUAAGCUGGCAGUUCCCUCGGUUCUUGGAGUCCGCCUCGAAAAAAGGCCGCGUCAUUAUUGUGGUCGAUGGGCUGCACCGACUGCAUACCAACAACGGUGAGAGCAUCUUGAAGUGGGUCCCGCUAUCCUUUCCGCCCAAUGUUCGCAUUAUUUUCUCAGGGACGCUCAACUACCCCACGGCCAAGUUAUCCCAGACGAGUCUCAGUGCCCAAAUGAUCGAGAGGAUCAAAGUGGAGGCCGGCCGUCGCAACUGGAAGCUCAUACACGUCCUCCCACUCGCCGAAGAAAACCGGAGGGGCAUCGUCAAGAAAUUCAUCUCCAAGAAUUCCGACAGCAGCGACCAGGAUGAAGACGGAUCUCCAAGAAGAACGGGGCUGCAACUCUUUGAAAUCCAACAGAAUGCCAUCGUCGGCGUGCCGAUGAGCGCCAGCCCCCACUUUCUCAAGAACUUCCUUGUGUGCUUGUUCUGGGCGGUGAAGGAGGGAUUCAACAUCCACGCCGUAUUUGAAAGCUGGCUGGGCGCUGACAGUGUGGGUCAGCUGCUGGAAUCGGUACUCCGUAGCAUGGAGGCUGGAUACACGCCUGACCAACUCUCGACAGAUGAUGCCAUGCAGUUCUUGUUGGAGUACGGAGAAGACGCCAACCCCCAGUUGCCGCAGUUUUCUGGGCGUCGGUUCUCCCUCCACCAGAGCGAUACUCGAGCAAAAAUUGAGAUGGCACGAGCUGCUGCUGAGGCUGCAGUUCGUGAAACCAACGAUUCUCAGCGCCCUCUUGACUUUCUCCCACGUGAAGAUGACGACAACACCUCGAAUCCAGGGUGGAAUGAGAUCAAACGCGUGAAAAGUGUGCACGAGACCAAAGAGAUCCCGUCCGCAACAGGCUCCAUGCUGGAAGCCGUACGACACAAGCUCAAACGUUUUUCCACCGAGCCCAGAGGGAGCAAGAAUGGAUCCCUCAACAAGCUUGGCAACAGGCCAGACUAUCUCACGGGUGGACGCGUUGUGGUGCCACUGGGGGAGCUUCUUGGUCGAGCAUUGUGCCUUCUCUACGUCAGUCGUCACGGAUUGCUGCUGAAUGAACUGCGAUUUAUUCUCAAUGCUGUGGUGACUGAGGCACGUGGAAGCAUGGGACACCUGACAGCAUUUUCUGACGACGAGUGGCAAGCGCUCUUACGUGCGCUACGCACUUUGAGUGUGCUCUUCGUCCAGGAGGUUGUGGUAUUACCAAUGUGUAAAGAUAUACUGCGCGACGUCAUUUGGUGGCGCUACAUCGGCAGCGAGCGCGCGGAGCAGCAGUACCAUCAGUGGCUCAUUCGCUUCUUUCGUAUCCACCCAACCACUUUCCGUCGGGUCGAGGAACUGCCAUGGCAUCUCAAGCGUUGUUACCAGUGGGACGCUUUGCGUCAAGUUCUUGUGAACCUGCCCAUGUUUCAGCUUCUGUACACCGCCAACUACAAAUCCGAGCUUUUCGGGUACUGGAAGGUUCUCACCGAUGGUCCACUGCUCAACUAUGGCGCUGCAACGAGCCCGUCCGACCCACCGGUCUACGUGAUGACCUUCGAUAUUGUCAAGGAGUAUGGCAAGAGCAUUGACGACUGGUAUCACAGCGCCCGCCCCAGCACCAAGAACUUUACUGCGAUUGUGCAACUCGUCACUCGCUUCAUGUAUGAAUUCUGUCUGUCGUAUCAACGCCCGUUGCCCCAGUUUGUACAUGCACCGUUCGACCUAAAGAGGCUUUACUUGGAUGGGUUCCUGUUUGUCGAGAAUUUACCACACGUCCAGACAGUCGGCAAUUCAGCUGUAGGCGCCACCUCUGGAGCCACGCUGUCUUCAGUGUCAUCAAUUGGUUCACCCGGUUUAGGUGGCUUAUCCACCAUGGAAAGCACAUUAUCGACUGCGUCUUCUGCUCUGCUAGCAGCACUAGACAAUUUCCCACCGGCAUCGAAUGCCCCGAGCAUCGCGACGUUGAGCUCCACUAUCAAGGACAAGGAAGCGCUCAAAAACUGCUUCUUCUUCUACCAGCGAUGGGUCUGGAUCCAGUUUCCGUGGCUUGCACUUGGCCGGGAUAUUGUUGUCCGUGAUCCAGUCGUGCAGAAUCCUAUUCUCGAGAAGGCGAAUGGUUCCAAUGUUGGUAGCAACAACAACAUUAGACGACAUGAUGCUGGCGACUCCAAAACAGCGCUGACGCCUGCUUCAUCACAAGCUCGCUCUGGGCUGUUCGAUGCACGGUUUUGGGAUGUCAAGAAGAGUAUGUUUGACCCCACCACGCGUCGGCCUCGAGGCGCAAUGACUUCUUCACAGCUGGCUGCAGUGAAGAACGCAAGUGUGUUGAUGACAUCGGUCCCGACCUCGCUCGUGAACCAGACCGUGGAUGUGAUAUCCCCCGAACAUCUCUUUCGGAAAAAGACCGCAUACACAACAGUGAAAGGUGUGCUGACAUCAUCUGUACGCCGCCUCCCCACUGCAGCUCUGAAGCCAUCAGCGUCGUUACCCUCGCUGCAAGAGCAACGAACACAAACCCAAAAUCCGACAACAACCGCUGGCAACCGAAAGGAGUCUAAAAAGCCGGACCUGGAGCUCGAUAGUAUUGCCAGCACGGAAGACUUGGUGACCAUCGCGACAUCCUUCGGGUUACCCGCCCACUUCCAGGACUACCCUCAGUCUGACUGGGAUCUAAAGCAGUCGUACAACCAUCGAGUAGUGCUAAAACUCCAAACUCUGUACGACACCGUGAAGACUGAAGUGGCUCAAAAGCAAAAGUACCUUCAGGAUGUGAAGCGCAAGAUUCGUGAGACUACACGGCGGUACGAAGUGACGAUGCGUGAGUGCGAUAUGGCAAAGCACGCCGCGGAGGAAAUGAGCUCUCGCCUAGCAAAGCUUGAGCAGGUGACGAGAAACAUCGACUACCAGGAAAAGACCCAUCGCAAGCUCAUCCGUGGAUGUGAGCUGUUCCCAGCCUGCGCUCCAGCACACUUUGAAGCCAACAAGAAGGAGCUGCGUCUGUUGCAGAUGAAGCUCAAAGAUCUCCAGGCUGAGAAGAAGGUUCUCCUCAUGAAGAAGGCCCAUCUGCAGAAUGAGGAGCUCCCUGUCGUGCGAAAGGCAGUUGAGAAGAGCAAACGCUUGUUGUCUGCUGUCGUUGACAAGCUCGAACGAUCCCGCGAGAAAGUAGCCCACGAUCAGGCUUCGUCCGACAAGUUGUAUCAACGCCGACUGGAGAUGAUUGAAAGCGUACGGACGGCCAACGGGAAAUCGUCCAGCUCGACUGUCGAAGAAGAGGCUCGGAAGCAAGCCCGACAAACGUUUAGUGCGACCACGCGUUCGUUAGCGGCCAAAGUCGCUCUGCAGCAGUGCGAAUCCAUGUGUGAAAAAAUCCAAAAGGCCACCGGUUUCUCCAAGAUGGAGCUCAUUCUCCAGAAAUUCACACGGCGCGAGGAGCUUAACGCGAGCUUCGAGGAGCAGGCCAAACUGUACGAAGCGCGACUGAAGCAGAUCAAACUCAACCAAGCCGAGCUUGAGGAGCAGCUCCACUCACUGGAAAUCUCUCAGGCGACAGCUUCAACAGAAGAUCCUCGGCUACUGGAGCAGAAGCUGCGGGCGGCUGAAGUGGAGCUCGCACGCGCAGAGUAUACCCAGGCGAGUCUCCUGACGAGCUCAAAGGAAGUGAUUGCAGGUGCCGCGCGAAUCGUGAAGCUCAUGGGCAUUACCAACUGCUCGGACCCGUACCAAAACGCCAUCCCUGCUGCUCGUCUCUGGCCACCGCCCGUGGGCUACGAAGGGGAAAACAGCCUCACGUCCGAGUUCGAAACCCUCGAGCCACCGGCAAUCACAGCGCUACUGCAGCUGUGCCAAGACCGAGCGACACUCAUGAUCGAUGCAGUACGUCCAUUCAUUGUUGCUGGCUGCAUCUUGCUUGUUCUUGCCCACUCUUGCGACUCUGGCGCUAACUUUUCUGGUACUUUGUCCCUGUUCUCUGUAGACUGA